AUGUCACAAAAGAAGCAGGUAGAUCCUCUGCACUCAUUUCUUGCUGGUUCGUUGGCAGGCGCGGCUGAAGCAUGUACAACCUACCCAUUUGAGUUCGCAAAGACGAGGCUGCAACUUAUUGAUAAAUCAUCUAAAGCUUCUCGGAAUCCUUUAACUCUGAUAUACAGAACGGCGAAAACGCAAGGUAUUGGUUCAAUUUAUGUUGGUUGCCCUGCUUUUAUUGUAGGCAACACCGCUAAGGCAGGUGUGAGAUUCUUGGGUUUCGAUGCCAUCAAAAACGUGCUGAGAGACCCCAAGACUGGCGAAUUAAGCGGUCCAAGAGGUGUUGUUGCUGGCUUAGGUGCUGGUUUACUUGAAAGUGUCGUAGCAGUAACCCCAUUCGAAGCUAUUAAAACGGCCCUCAUUGAUGACAAACAAUCCGCAUCUCCAAGGUAUCACAACAAUGGUCGUGGAAUACUGCGUAAUUAUAGCACCUUAGUUUAUGACCAGGGGUUUAUGGGUCUCUACCGUGGUGUUCUACCCGUUUCCAUGAGACAAGCAGCCAACCAAGCAGUUAGAUUGGGAUGCUAUAACAAGAUCAAGACUUUGAUACAGGAUUACACCAACUCACCAAAGGAUAAACCAUUGACCUCUGGACUAACAUUUGUUGUUGGUGCUUUUAGUGGUGUCGUGACGGUUUAUGCUACAAUGCCUAUUGAUACAGUCAAAACUAGAAUGCAGAGUUUAAACUCGAGCAAAUAUACAUCGACUUUCAACUGUUUCGCUAGAAUUUUCAAGGAAGAAGGAUUGAAAACCUUUUGGAGAGGUGCUACUCCAAGAUUAGGAAGAUUGGUGUUAAGUGGUGGUAUUGUGUUUACGAUAUACGAGAAAGUUCUCGUUGUUUUGGGUGCAUAA